CAGAAACUGACAAACACACUUCCUCGAACCCCAGGAGAUUUGAUAUUCUUGAGGAUUCAUUGACAGCAGGGAAGGGGGGGGUGAAAAAAAAAGUUUGAAUCGGUUUCCUGAGCGGCGAGUAAAGUUUUAUUUAUGAGAUGGUCGAGGUGCCGCAGGUGGCCUUCGUUUGAGCUAGUGACCGGUGGGAAUUGCGCGCGCGGGUCCGGUGCGGAUGAGAAGAUGGAUUCUUGCCUGAUAUCGCGAGCGACGCUUUUGGGAAUGAUGUUCCUGGCGCUUCUUACCCCGGCACAAGCUAAAGAGGGCUGUUUUUGCAGUGAGAAAUCAGGAUGCAACUGUCAAGGACUCAAAGGACAAAAGGGUGUGAUGGGCUUUCCUGGUUUGUCUGGUAUAAAAGGAAUUCAGGGGUAUCAAGGAAAUGAAGGCCCUCCAGGACUUCCUGGUGAAAAAGGAAAUAUUGGAUUUCCAGGCAUACCAGGACCUAAAGGUUCUAGGGGAGUUUCAGGGACACCAGGAAUCUCUGGCCAACCAGGACUACCGGGGUUCCCUGGAAAUGAGGGGCCGAGAGGGCCUAAUGGUCUCCCAGGAUGCAAUGGAGCAAAGGGUGAGCAUGGUGCGCCAGGCUUUAUAGGGCAGAUGGGAGCUCCUGGGAAGCAGGGAAUACCAGGAAUCCAAGGAGCUAAGGGAGAUAGCUGUUACUUGCCACCCUCUGGACAAGUGAAAGGACGUUGUGGUUUUCCAGGCAGAGAUGGAGAUAAAGGGUCAUUGGGAUCGCCAGGGUCACCGGGAUUAUUUGGACCAGAUGGGCCCAGAGGUUCUCCAGGAAUAGGCGGCAUACCUGGACCACAAGGAGAGAAGGGUCUAGAGGGUCGAAGCAUGGUAAUACCUGGACCCAUAGGUCAAAAGGGGCAGAGGGGACCAUCUGGUAUACCUGGACAAAAAGGUGUAAAGUUAUUUGUAACAGGACCAAAGGAGCCUAAGGGUGACAGUGGGGAUGCUGGAGACAUUGGAUGUCUUGGCCCAAUUGGUUUACGUGGUCGUUCUGGUCCUAAGGGGAAGAAAGGGGAAACUGGGGAGCCCGGGGGUCUGGGUAAACUUGGAAAGGAUGGGCUGAUAGGAGAGUCUGGCCGUACGGGAAUUCCUGGAGACCAAGGAUAUCCAGGAGUUAUUGGAAUAGCAGGGGAGGAGGGUCUAAAGGGUAACAGUGGUGCCCCUGGUAUCCCUGGAGAGUUCAUUGUAAUAGAUAACAGGAUCAAAGGUCUAAAAGGUUUUCGUGGGCUUCCUGGACCUCCUGGUCUACGAGGUAGUGAAGGUUUUAUCGGACUUCCUGGAUAUGCGGGUCCUCCAGGGGCCAGCAUACCAGGACCUACUGGAAAACCAGGUCCCCCAGGAUUUAGAGGUAUAAAAGGGGAAAGAGGAGAUCCUGUUCCUAACAGCACAGGACCCAGAGGGCAAGAUGGAUCACCAGGGGAACGAGGACCCCCUGGUGACCCCGGACCUCCAGGAAUUCCAGAAGUCAACACCCUUUGGGGACCAAAAGGGUUAAAGGGCGAGAGAGGCCUAACAGGCCCUCAGGGUCUGCGUGGAGAUCCUGGCAUACAAGGUGAGCAAGGAGAACUUUGCAGGCUGUGUGCUGCUUCUGUUUCUGAACCUGGACCUCCAGGACAAUGUGGAGAUUCAGGCAGCCCCGGAGAGCCAGGUAUUGGAGGAUAUCCAGGCCAUAAAGGAUGUCAAGGAUUCAAAGGUUCAGAUGGUCCACCUGGUCCUCCGGGUAACUUAGGUCUUCCAGGGUAUCCAGGCCUACCAGGGCCCACAGGAGACCAUGAAAUGAGGCAUGUGCUUGGGGAGAAAGGCAAGCAAGGAAACUGUGGUGCAGAAGGACUACUGGGGAUAAAUGGGAAAGAUGGCCGGCCAGGCAACCCUGGCUUCAAAGGACCACUAGGAGCAAAAGGAAUUCCAAGUCCUCCAGGCCCUAAAGGCAACCAAGGAAAUCCAGGAAACUGUGGGGAUCCUGGCUGCCCAGGUCCAAUGGGCAGCCAAGGGUCAAUGGGUGUUGGGAGACCAGGGGUACCUGGAGAAAAAGGAUGUAUGGGAGAAGUUGGCCGGCAAGGAAAUACUGGAGAACCAGGUGAAAAAGGAUCUCCAGGGCCAGUACAAAGGACAGCAGGAGACCCAGGUGAUCCUGGACUGCCUGGUCCACCUGGUCAACGAGGACCUCCAGGUAAUGAUGGUUGUGUAGGACCUCAAGGAUUACCAGGAUGCAUUGGGUUAAAAGGAGAAAAAGGACAGUCAAUGCCAGGAGCUCCUGGAUUAACUGGUCCUAAAGGUGAUAAGGGUGUGAAAGGUAAACAAGGUCUGCCUGGUUAUGGAAGUGUAGGCCGUCCUGGACCCCCAGGACCACCAGGAAAUCCAGGUCCAAAGGGUGAAAUAACGUUUGGCUCCCCAGGGCCCAUGGGUCGGCAGGGCUUGCCAGGAGAUGAAGGAAACCUUGGGCUACCAGGAAAUUGUGGCCCUCCUGGAUUAUCAGGAUGCUCAGGUCAAAGAGGAAGAGAAGGACCAACAGGAGAAAGUGGUGUGCGGGGUCUUGAUGGUUUGCCUGGAAUAGCUGGUGUACCUGGAAGCUGUAUUCCUGGAGCCAAAGGCGAUGAAGGGUCCUUUGGCAUUAGAGGGCUAGAUGGACCUAAUGGGCUACCAGGGCUGAAAGGGCCACAAGGUGAAACUGGACCACCUGGACAGGGUGUACCUGGUAUAACGGGUGAGAUUGGAAUACCUGGAAAAAUUGGAGAUGCAGGGUGGAUUGGGAUCCGGGGACCGAAAGGGUUUCAAGGAAGGGAUGGUUCACCAGGCUUUCCAGGUACACGGGGAGAUCAAGGAAAUCCUGGAAUUACUGGUCCACCUGGUGUAGAUGGAAAUCCUGGACCACGGGGAUUCCAGGGACCCAAAGGUUUAAUGGGAAGGAAUGGACUACCAGGUGAUGUAGGAAAACCUGGGAAUCCUGGAGACCAGGGGGUCUGUGGUCUCAAGGGACCACCAACAAAUGUUAUGAAUCCAGGGGAUCCCGGUGACCCUGGCCUACCAGGUCUUCUUGGUCUACCUGGCGCUAAAGGGGAAUUAGGACUUCCAGGCAAUUAUGGACGAUGUGGGAAGAAUGGAGUUCCAGGCAGACCUGGUCCACCAGGCCCUCCUGGUGAUGCUGGCCAGAAUGGACUUCCUGGAAAUCGGGGUCCUGAUGGAUACUUUGGGGAUCCAGGAGUUAUGGGGUUUCCAGGAAUAAAAGGCCUAAAAGGUUUACCCGGUGUUCGUGGAGAGACUGGGAUUCCUGGUGUCCCAGGACCAAAUGGACCAAAGGGGAUCAAAGGUGAACCCAGCCCCUUUGCACCAGGGCCUCGAGGACAAUGUGGUGAAAAAGGUGAGCCAGGCUUUCCAGGGCUUAGAGGGGAAAAAGGUGACAAGGGUAUAUGUGGGACAUGCGGGCCAUCAGGUUUAUCAGGGGCUCCUGGUGAAAGAGGCGAACCUGGAGUACCAGGAGUUCCAGGACCUCCUGGAGGUCAGGGUGAUGAAGGUUUCAAUGGGUUUCCAGGUCCACCUGGAUAUGAAGGGCCCUGUGGUCCACCAGGUGUUCCUGGUUCAGCUGGAGAUCCUGGGCCUCCAGGACUUCGUGGAGACCAAGGCAAGGAUGGCUUUCCCGGACCAGCAGGGGAUAAAGGAGACAGAGGGCCCCCAGCAAUUGGAAAUCCUGGCCUAUCUGGCAUCAAGGGUGAGAAAGGUACUAAAGGCAGUUCUGGACCCCUUGGGCCAUGUGGACCUCCAGGACCCUGUGGUCCAGCUGGAGAUAUUGGUCCUCUGGGCCAACUUGGGGAAAUGGGGCCACGCGGGUUUCCAGGUCCACCUGGUGCCUGUAUCAGUGGUCCAAAAGGGGAGCAAGGACCUAAUGGAUCACCUGGCCUACAAGGACUCAGAGGACCACGUGGGCCUGCUGGCGAACCAGGUCCAGGCAUAAAGGGAGAUAAAGGCAACAUUGGGCUCAAGGGGCUUUUGGGAUUACCUGGCUGUGUUGGUGACCGGGGAGCUCCAGGGUUGCAAGGUAAAGAUGGAAAUCCUGGUUUCAAGGGACCAAAAGGAAAUAAGGGGCCUUUGGGUUCUACUGGGCCACUCGGCCAAAAAGGACAAUGUGGUCCAAUUGGGUCUCCUGGAUUGAAAGGUUGUAAAGGAACUCGUGGAACUAAAGGCACUAAAGGGUGUGAUGUUGUGGGUCAGAUCAUAACUCUCCCAGGAAACCCUGGUUUCCCUGGACAAGGCGGCGUAAAAGGAAAUGUAGGAGAACAAGGACCUCAAGGGCUACAAGGUCCUCAAGGAGCACAAGGUCAAAAAGGAAGCAGAGGUGCAGAUGGAGGUGCUGGACAAAUGGGGAAAUCUGGACCAAGGGGGAAAACUGGCCCAAAAGGAACAAAAGGUUUUCCCGGUUUGUCAGGUGAAAUGGGUCCCAAGGGUUCACAAGGUCCACCUGGCCCUUCUAAAGAUGGAUUCCUUUUUACCAAGCACAGUCAGAAAACAUCAGUACCAACCUGUCCUCCUGGGUCAAAACAUUUGUACUCUGGAUAUUCGCUUCUCUUCAUCAACGGCAAUAACCGUGGACAUGGACAAGACCUAGGAACUGUGGGAAGCUGUUUGCAAAUGUUCUCCACCAUGCCUUUUCUGGUGUGUAAUCCCAAUGAGACGUGUUACUAUGCCUUUCGAAAUGAUUACUCCUAUUGGCUGUCUACAGACACACCGAUAUCUUCCGACAUGGAACUGUUAUCUGGUAGACUGUUGGCAAAUUAUAUCAGCAGGUGUUCAGUGUGUGAGGCACCAACUAAUGUGAUAGCAGUUCACAGCCAGACCAUGGAAAUCCCAGAGUGCCCAAGAGGAUGGCUUCCACUAUGGAAAGGUUACUCCUUUGUAAUGCAAACGGGUGCAGGCGCAGAGGGAUCCGGGCAGCCGCUUAUUUCUCCUGGAUCCUGUCUGGAAGAAUUCCUGAAGAUUCCAUUCAUAGAAUGUCACGGUCGUGGCACCUGCAACUUCUAUCCUGAUUCCUUCAGCUUCUGGCUUGCAUCACUUGAUCCUAGCAGAAUGUUCAGUACUCCAAUCCACCAGACAACAAGACAGCAAGAUAUCAGCCGCUGUCGGGUCUGUAUGAAGCAGUAGUUUUUAAGUCAGAGGUGCCUUGGUAAAAGACUUGAACUAUGGACUUCAAUUCGUGGGUUUUUCAUGGGUUGUGUAAUGUCAGUAGGAUCCGUGAAGUCAGCCCUCAAGUGCUUCACCUGAAACAACUGGAUAUUUUGUUCUCCCAUAUGAGUGAUUGUCAUUAUGUGGUCCAGUCCAGGAACAGUUCACUCAGGUUCGUAUUUUGGUUUUGGAAAUCCCAAACCACAGGAUGGCAUGCAUGCGAGAUCAAAAAAACACUUUCAUUUUCUUAUAAUACGCAUUUAUUUUGUUCAAACCCCUCCUUUGCAUGAGGCCUAUCUGCUUUGAUAGGUCGAUUUCUUUUAAAGCAGUGUUUGUGAGCUUUUAAAGCUCCAAAAGCGGCACCUAGUGGCAAAGAAUAAAUUAGCAUUUUCAUUCAUACCAACGUGAAAAUCAAGUUUUCCCAGCUCUGCGUGCAACAAGUGGGCGGGCAAUAUGCUAAUUUUUCACUUUGAAACACAACAUGAAACGGCUCGUUUCAGUGAUUCAGAGUCGACUCUUUCUUUUGAGAAAAAAUAACUUUAUACACAGUGCACUUUCAGAUUUAAAACUUUGCAGGAUGUUUUCAUUCACUUACAGGAUGUUUUCAUUACACACUGCAUUAACGGUCAUUUUCAAAAAUCCAUAAAAGGGGCACUUUAAGUUCUUUGUUUUGGAUUUGCUAAAUCCAACGUACCAGCCCAGUGUUUUUCACUUCCAAGUAUUAUUCAGGAUUCUUUUCUUUGUCUUUGACAUGUCCAGAACAUAUAAAUGUGUGUUUCUCUCUAAAUGACUCAUAAUAGAUUUUGGGGUGACUUUAGUUCAGAUACUUCUCAUUACUAAACUAUUUUCAUUUGUAGUUAAUCAUUAAUGACUUUUGUGUGUGGGAAUGGCAGUAGUAGGCUAUUAAUAAAUUCUGAGCAUUGAGAAACAGGCUCAUUAAAUAAUAAUUUGAGCGCAGAUUGCUCAUAUUGAGCAUAAACUGUAGAAUUUGGUAUUUAAAACGGAAACAAAAUAGUUCAUCUACACUCUAGUAAUGCUACUGAAAAAUAGUUUAGUAAUUAAAUUAAAAAUAUCUUGUUUAUUUUUGUCAUAAUUAAUUGUUAACUAAUACACUUGACGCUGUCUAUAGUAAUGCUGUAUAAACAAAUGUUAAUGUUACUAAUUUAAUAAUCAAGUACAAAUAAAUAGCAUAAAGUGUUCUGAAUUCCCAAAUUUAUUUGAAUAUAAACCCUUCAAGUAAUUCCGUAAAUAUCAUAAAAUAAAAUUCAGUAGUUCUCUGCUUAUGUAUUUUGAAUGUGUGUGCAAUUGUGCUUGUCAUUUGGACUAUGAUUUUUUGCUUUAGUAUACAUAUUUUAUUAUAGGUCUGCUUGCUGUUAGGACUUUACUCUUGUUUCGUAGUGUAUAAAACUGUUCGUACAAAGUAGUUUUUGGUGUUGAGGUUUUGCAAAGUAAAUUUAAGCUUGUUCAUAUUUACCACUGAAUGACUCAGAGUUAAUGGUGCUAUGUGCUAGAUUAUGAAUAAGGAAAAGAAACUUGAGAAACAAUGUGAGAGACAACGUGUGUUUAUGUGUAGUCAUUAUGUGAAUUUACCAGACACUUAUUAUUAUAGCAUUGCAUUAAGGAGCUUUCCUCAUGACUCAUGUCCGGUUGCAAUCAAUAGUAUACAGGAAUAGUGAUGAAAUAUUACACAUGCAAUCUUGGCAACAUGAAAUCAAGACUAUUGAAAUUAGGAGUGCAGUCUUGACAACACUUCCUCUACAGAGGAAAUGAAAAUGUCAUCAUUGUGUCAUUACCUGCUUUAUCAAAGAUCUAUUGCACUCAGUUAGGUGUAUAUUUCUGCUCCUCUUUCGUACUAAACAACAUAAAGCAAGUGUGAUUCAUGUGUCCAUGUGACCCACAAAUGAUGUGUUUUAUGCUUUCAUAACUAAAAUCAGAAUUGCACGUUUAGUAUAGAAGUUAAUGGUAUCUUUAUUGACUGCAGUGUUUAAUAGCUUAAGAACUGCAUAGCAAAUAAUGGUUUUGUCAGAAUAAUAAAAAAACUGUGUAUAUUUUAAAUAUUUCUGUAGAAAAUGUCUAUAAGAUCCCAAUAACAUCUCAGUUCUGUUAUAUACAGAUUUUUUUAUACUCCAUAAGACCGUAAAUAAAGACUAUUGUGUUUGGAUGUGUAGUAACAUUGCACUAAUUGAAUAAAUUAAUCUUUUGGAUGAAACCAA